AGCAGUGCUGGUGUUUCUUCUCCCCAGUUAUUUGGAAAAAUACCUCGUUUGUGGGGGUGGAACAGCCCCCUGUUUUUCAUCUUCCAGGACUGGAGAGGUAGGGGUUAACAAGGUAAUGACUACUAAGGUGUUUGUUUUCUAUUCCUUGGGGAGUGUUCAUUUUGGGAUGAAGAUGGCUAUAGCUAUGAUAUUUUAUGAAAAAUCCUUUGCUAGGAUUUUUCCUUCCUGAGGAGCUGGGAGCCCCAGGACAGAAAUGUAAACAAUAACUAUCUGCUGCUAAGGAAUGCAACAGGUGCCUCUGUGACUGGUGCUGUUAGUUGUUUCUAAUUAAGAGCCAAUCACAGAUGCAGCUGCAUCAGACUCUGAGAGUCACAAGAUUUUGUUAUGCAUUCUAUUAUUCUUGUUCUUUCAAGCCUUCCGAUCUUUUUCUCUCUGUUCUUUUAGUAUAGUUUUAAUGUAUUUUAAUAUAAUAUAUAUCAUAAGAUAAUAAAUCAGCCUUCUGAAAUGGAGUCAAGCCUUGUGUCUCCACACAUGGGGAGUCCUCAAGAGAUGGCAGUUUGGGCUCCAGGUGAAUUUUGUCUCACAGUCAUAGCUCAAGACUGGGAUCACCUCCCUGGAACCUCCCCUGCUGCAAUCCCUCGGUCCUGCACUGAGCUUUCCUGCUUCCCACAAAGCUCGGGGUGACCAGGGUGGGAUUUCCCCUGUCUGAGAAGGCAGGCAGGAGGGCUCUCAGCCCUCUGUCAGAGUUCCAGAGGAUGCAGUGGGACUGUUGGCCACGUUUCUCUUCCCACACAGCCGGACCGUACACGGGGGCCUUCUUCAACCCUUCCCUGGCCACAGCCACCACCUUCCACUGCUCGGGGAGCAGCUUCUGGGACUACAUCCAGGUGUACUGGCUGGGGCCCCUCGCAGGGAUGCUCGCUGCCCUCCUGCUGUUCCAGGGCAACAUCCCACACCUCUUCCAGAAAAACCUCCUCUACAGCCAGAAGAGCAAGUACAAGGUGCCCAAGGGAAAGGUGACAGCGCAGGUGGAGGGUGACAAACCACAGAAGAAGAAGAAAGGAGGGAAGAGCAAGUCGGAGCCCCGUGCCUGAGCCCAGGGGUCCUGGCAGCCCUUUUCCCGGGAAAGGGUUUCCCGGUGUGCAGGAUUUUGCAGCUCGUUCAGUCCUUAAAGCAUCACAAAGGAAUCCUCGCGGGAUGCCCGAGCCCCCGAGCUCCUUUGGGAAUUGCUUCAAAAGCCUCCCUGGAGAGUUCGAACUGUUUCAAGCCCACACUGCUGCCUCAGAGAGAAAACACGGAACACUUUUGCAUAAAUUGCCGGUUGUCUUGUACUGCCAGGAAUUACAGAGAGCUGGGACUGUUCCACGGGCAGGCUUGAGCAACCCGGGGUUAUUGCAUCGUGCAAUGCCUGCAAUAACCUCACUGGGUCUCUUGCAGCCCUAAAAACCAAGGAUAAGCCAGUAACUGCCUUGGGCACGGCAUGGGGAGGAAGCAGGCUUUGAUCUUUUCAGUUACUAAUGGAAACUUGUUAAAAAUUGGUGGGGUUUGAGUUAAACUUGGCCUGAAGUCCUUGAAAUGCACAGGCUGAACCUGGCAAGUCUUGGAGAGGAAUUAAAAGUGCUCCAAGGCAAGAGAAUUCACUGGCCACGGGAGAAGCUGCUUCUCUGGGGAUGUGCUUAGCCUGGGUUUGGGUGCUGUAAAGCAUCAAGAGAUGGUGUACAAGGGGUCUGUGGUUGGAAAAAAAGGAAAAAAGAAAAAGAGAGCCAGGCAGCUGCUGGG